UUCACAAGAGGCUAAAUGUAUCUCACCAGAGUAAGCACCCCUCCACUGGUUUGAAGACCGAUGUCUUUGGGAAGGCAAACAGGCAACAUUGCUCAAUCACUUUAAACAGACUUCACUAAACAAUUUAAAUAUGUAAUUCAUUGCCUCUGAACUAAUCAAACUGAGGUUAUACCAUAAAUCAGAUAGUGAUCGCUACUGGACGCAAGCUGAUUUGUAGAUCAGUCAGUCAGCAAUCGCCUGCAGUCGUUUUGAUGCUCUCGAUCACCGCAACUGUCUUGAGAAGUAAAUAAAAAGAUGUCGGGGGAGGGUGUCUUCUGCACCAUUCAACCAAUCCAGUAAAUGUGGAGGAGGAGUUAAGAUGUGUCGAUUGGUUUGUACUCGGGCAUGACAUCAUAUAGCCAGACAUCAGUCCAGGUAGUGACAGCCAACCAGAGUGCAGGAAGGCAGCCGCGGAGCUGAUGGACACACAGCGAAUAGCCAAUGAAAUGCCUUUAUUUGUCAGGCGGGGGCAGGACUAGCUUCAUAUCGACAGGUGGAGAUGCUGUGAAACAGUACUAGCUGUCACUUCUUAUCAUUUAGCGUUAUAAGGGAAUAAACUAUGCUAUUGGAAUAAAGAGGGAUUUGACUGUGCAUUACACAUUUAUACAAAUAGCCUCGAGCCUUCUGGAAAACCGAAUUAGAUGGUGUAGAAGUGACAUCACAACCGGAUUACGGUCUGACGCUGUGUUUUACAAUAUUUUACAUGGAAUUGAAAGAAACAACAGAAGACGUGACAAUGGCUAUGCAUUUAUAUAAAGUUAGUAGUAUGCUACUAGAAAAUACAGUCGGGAAAAUGAGUGACAACGUGACAUCGGUGGUCCUUGCAGUGUCUGUGAUCACCCUAACUUUGGGAUAUAUUUCUAAACUGGUGCUCAAACAGUCACAAUCUUCUUCAGACGAAGACAAGAAAUACCCACCAUGCAUACCUUCUAGCAUUCCAUUUCUGGGUCAUGCCAUAGCAUUUGGGAAAAGUCCCAUUGAAUUUCUGGAGAAUGCAUAUGAGAAGUAUGGGCCUGUUGUCAGCUUUACCAUGGUGGGAAAAACCUUUACCUACCUUCUGGGUAGUGAGGCAGCCACACUGAUGUUCAACAGCAAGAACGAAGAUCUCAAUGCAGAGGAUGUCUAUUCUCGAUUGACCACGCCAGUUUUUGGCAAAGGGGUUGCCUACGAUGUACCUAACCAUAUUUUCCUGGAACAGAAGAAGAUGUUUAAGACAGGACUGAACAUCACGCAUUUCAAACAGCACGUUGAAAUCAUCGAGGAGGAAACUAAGGAGUACUUUUCACGAUGGGGAGACAGUGGGGAAGAAAACCUGUUUGAGGCCCUGUCGGAGCUUAUCAUCCUGACGGCCAGUGCCUGUCUGCAUGGGAAGGAGAUCCGCAGCAUGUUGGACGAGAAGGUGGCCCAGCUCUACGCAGACCUGGACGGGGGCUUCAGCCAUGCUGCCUGGCUGCUGCCUGGCUGGCUGCCGCUGCCCAGUUUCAGACGAAGGGACAGAGCACACAGGGAGAUCAAGAACAUCUUCUACAAGGUCACCCAGAAACGCAGAAGCUCUGGAGAGAAAGUGGACGACAUGCUGCAGACCCUCAUAGAUGCCACCUACAAGGAUGGGCGGCCCCUGAAUGAUGAUGAGAUAGCGGGCAUGCUGAUUGGUCUACUCCUGGCUGGACAGCACACAUCCUCCACCACUAGUUCCUGGUUGGGCUUCUUCCUGGGCAAAGAUAAGGCCCUACAGAACCGCUGCUACGCUGAACAGAAAACUGCAUGUGGUGAAGACCUGCCCCCACUCAACUUUGACCAGCUGAAGGACCUGACUUUGUUGGACCGCUGUUUGAAAGAGACCCUCCGACUCCGUCCACCCAUCAUGACCAUGAUGAGAAUGGCACGCUCUCCUCAGACUGCAGCAGGCUACACCAUCCCAGCCGGCCACCAGGUGUGUGUGUCCCCGACGGUCAACCACCGUCUGCAGGACACCUGGACAGAGAGGAUGGAGUUUAGGCCUGACCGCUUCCUCAAUGAUAACCCUGCCGCAGUUGAGAAAUUUGCUUAUGUGCCCUUUGGAGCCGGUCGACACCGCUGCAUUGGGGAGAACUUUGCCUAUGUUCAGAUCAAGACCAUCUGGUCUACCAUGCUGCGCCUUUACGAAUUUGACCUGGUCGAUGGCUACUUCCCCACAAUCAACUACACAACCAUGAUCCACACCCCACACAACCCAGUCAUCAGAUACAAGAGGAGGCAACACUAAAAGACACAGAGCAAAACACAGCAGAAAAGAGGUUACACCCAGGAGAAGAGCAAGGCUUUGUCCAAAAUGGCUUCCUAUUCUAUAGUGUACUAAUUUUGUCCAGAGCGUCAUAGGGCUGCGGCCAAAAGUAGUGCACUAUAUAGGAAAUAGGGAGCCAUUUCAGAGUUCCCUCAACAAACAACCUUACUUACCUUAAAUGGUUUGAUUUAGAGAAAAUUGUUGUACUUGGUGGAAAUCAAACAACUUUACUUUGUGUUGCCCUCACCUUAUGUUUACGAGUUGUUAGAAUGUACACUGAAUCAGUUUGUUUCUUCACUAACGGCUUCUCUUUUGUAGUCUAAUCCCAGAUUAGAUCUGUUUGUGCAGUUAUGCCAAUGACCAUAGGAUUUGGCUACAGUAUACAGCACAAACAGAUCUGGGACCAGGCUUAAUCUUUUGGCCAUUCUAUUUCAACUGUCACGGUAAUACAUAUACAGUGAGCUCCAAAAGUAUUGGGACAGUGACACAUUUUUUGUUGUUUUGGCUCUGUACUCCAGCA